AUGUAUCCAGAAUAUGCACAAUACGUUGCAGAUGAGGAUAUUCCCCGUUCAAGAGGUCCUGGUAUGCAUACCUCACCUCUUGAGACAGAGAUGUACUAUAGAAAUGCCCUAACAACCACGGGCUACGGAACACCUCUAGUACAGCCAACUGGAAGCUCCACAGCUGAACUCCGUGGUCGUAUUCGUCGUCUUAUUUGUCGUACGCGCAAAAACCCACACCAUUUUCGUUAUCUUCCCUCCUCGUAUGCUGAAAUUUAA